AGAAUGGAUUGCGCGAGCUUGAACUCCCACCACAAGGGACCACAAUGGCUAGUAUGAGCGUGAGGAACCUGCCUCUGAGAAACAUUUUGAAACAUUCCUGCUUCUUAAGGCAAACUACAGCUCUGGGAUGGGUGACUAGAAAUCCCCGUCAGUUUUCUGCUACAGCAGAACAGUCAACAGAAGCAUCUGAAGCGGAAAAACAGCUACAGGAACAGAUAACAACUUUAACAAAAGAGAACGAAACUUUAACAGAAAAAGUUGCUGACCUUCAGGAUAAAUAUCAGCGGACCUUAGCAGAUCGAGAAAAUGUACGACUUAGAUUAGAAAAGCAGAUAGUGGAUGCAAAGCAGUAUGGUAUUCAGGGAUUUUGCAAAGAUCUUUUAGAGGUCUCAGAUGUGUUCCGAAAGGCAAUAGAAAGCGUUACAGAAGAGCAAGUACAAAAGGGAAGUCCCGAAUUGAAGAAUCUUUAUGAUGGCCUUGUGAUGACAGAGACCCAGUUGCUGUCUGUGUUCCGGCGACAUGGACUCGAACAGAUCAAUCCAGUCAUAGGGGAGAAAUUUGACCCAUCGCAGCAGGAGGCCAUGUUUGAAUUGCCUUUGCCUGACAAAGUGCCUGGCACAGUUGCACACACUAUUCGCCUCGGGUGGACACUGCACUCAAGGUGUAUUAGGUCAGCUCAGGUCGGCGUGGUCAAAGACAACUGAUUAUUUUUCUGACAGAGUAGAUUUUAAAGACUGUCAUCUAUAUCCUGUGAAGGUGUAAAAAAAAAAAUGUUUGUCUUUGUAAUGGAAUGUACUACUGGUGGGUUUUUAUUUCUGUUAAGAAUUUAUCUGUUAUCAGUUUUGUAUCAGAUAUGCUAGCCUACCACAUGACUUCAGUGCGCAAAAUUUUUCUGAUCUUUUGGAAGAACCCUUGCCGCCAGUGAAUGUGAUAAGUUAAAACCUCAUUAUUGUUUGUAUGGUCAAUCACAUUUUCUGUGUUGGCAUAGCAUGUGUAUGAAUGAAAUUGACGGCAGAAAAUACAGAAUGUAUAAUUCAAUAUUGUUAACAUGUAUAUACAAGUAAAUUUAGAAAUGAAACCAAAAUCUUUAAUUUUUCCCCCAGAUAAUAUUUAACUUUUAAUUAGUGUGGAUAUGCCAUUACUGGAGAUUUUGAAACUUAUUUCCAGAUAAAGAUUUCUUAAUAGGAGAAAAGUUGGCAAGACAAAAAUGCUGUAAACAAUGAUAUAAUAAAAUAGUAGAUAUAUAUAAUGCCAUACUACAGAAAAAAUAUAAGGUCAUUGGUUAUCAGAAGUGUUUGACAGUACAUCUGAGUGCCACAUCUGACUGACACUUGCAAAGGCCAAUUUUUUCAAUUCUACAUUUUAACGAUAGAUUUUCUAUCAAAGAGGAUUGUAGUGUUUUCUUUGCUUAUUUUAAAAAUAAAUUGGUUAUAUUCCAUUUGUUAUAAUGGUUAUUCUUGGUGUAUUGCCACUAUUGGAAAGUCUAACAUUCUGUGUAAGUGUUUCCUGAAGUCCCAUGAAUUUUAACCUUUUGAUGAUAUAAUUAAUAUAUAUCCAAUUUUAUCUUGCUUACUUUUUCACUUCUACAGUAUAACGAUAGAUUAUCCUCUCAAAGCAGUUUUACAUUUCAUUUUCUUUCAUUGGACCAUCAGUUGCAGGUACAUGUGCUGUCCACUGUAUUUUUUUGUGAAUUGUGCAAAGCUAGGGCUCCACAAGUGCUCAGCCACCAAGGACUUAAUUAGUAGGCCCUGCAAGACCAAUUGUAAUUUCCCCAUUCCUUGAAUCAUAAGGAUUAUUUUGAAGCUAUUAACAUCAACACUGUUAUUUUACUAUGAUUUCUGAUAUAUUACUAAUGUGAUAACAAUAAAAAAAAAUAUUUACAGAAAUCAAGGGAAAAUAUAAAUGGGUAAGAUAGAUAGGACAUAACUGACUCCUGGGUGACUAAUGCAUAUGGAACCAUCUUUGUGCAAACAGAACCAAUAAACUUGGAUUACUAUGGAA